AUGACGACACGCAAUAUAAACCCGAUCAUACCGGGCUUUGCGCCUGAUCCGUCUAUCGUCAGUGUUUCGGGCUGGUACUUCCUCGUCACAUCCUCUUUCCACUUGUUUCCAGGACUGCCCGUCUACGCUUCCAAGGAUCUUGUGUCAUGGAGGCAUAUCGGAAACGCCAUCAACAGAAGUGAUCAACUCAAGCUUUCGAAGUCGGCGACCAGACUCAACGUUCCCAGUGCCUCAUCAGGAGGCAAAGUGCGGCCUGCCACCGCUGGCCUCUUCGCCCCAACCAUGAGGCAUCACGCGAGCACAUUCUACAUUGUUUGCACCAAUGCCCUCUUCGACAAGGAACGAGGUGUGGUGGAUAAGCGGAACUUCAUUAUAUCCACCACAGACAUCUGGUCAAGCAGCUGGAGCAACCCUGUGUACUUUGACUUCGUAGGUAUCGACCCGGACAUCUUCUUCGACGAGAGUGGAAAGAUAUAUAUCACAGGCUCCGCAACCCCGGGCCCCUGGACGCGGAUCAAUUGCUUCCAGAUUGACAUCGAAACCGGCACACGGUUGUCGGAAGAACAGACGAUCUGGACCGGCACCGGAGGCGUUUACCCUGAAGGACCGCACAUCUACAAACGCAAGGGGUGGUAUUAUCUUCUUAUCGCAGAGGGGGGGACGCACCUUAACCACAUGAUCACCAUGGCUCGAUCCAGAACCAUCUGGGGGCCUUAUGAGUCGUGUCCCGACAACCCCAUUUUGACUGCAUCCGGCACCGGCGAGUAUGUGCAACACACCGGUCAUGGUGACCUUUUUGAGGAUCAUAACGGCCAGUGGUGGGUUGUCUGCCUGGCCGUACGCAAGGACGGAGAUGGCAGGUUUGCCAUGAGCAGGGAGACAUUCUUGACGUCCGCCGAGUGGGUCAGCGAAUGGCCCUCGGUUCAGCCUGUCAAGCUUCUCUUCGAAGCCAUGUCCACACUAAAUGACAAUGCGGAACUCUCUGCGGCGCCCUGUGUUGACUAUGUUUACAUCCGAGAUGCCAACUUGAGUAACUACCAGUUCAGCGAAGCCGGCUACAACAUCACCCUUACGGCGUCAUCUGUCGACCUGACGGACCCCGAAGCGUCUCCCACAUUCGUUGGGAAGAGGCAAAGAGCGCUAGCUGGAAAAUGCAGCGCAUCGAUUGCAGGCAUCUGCGGCCCCUGGGCAUCAACUGGGCUGAAAUGCGGUCUAGCUUAUUACAAAGAUGAGCAUCGAUACUUCCGCAUCUUCUUCGACGCAUCGGACUCCUCAAUCGGCUUCGAGGAGAAGAAUACUGCCCAAGGAAUUCACAAGACAGCCCGACAGAAACUCGAGGAGACGCCCGAUCUCGUUUCAUUGCUGAUGGCCUACACGGAGCAGGAGUUCCGGUUGAUGUAUACUACGGCGUCUGGACCGGGUAGAGCUUGGACAAGGCUCGCGGCAGUGGACACUUUGGACAUGACAGAUCCGGAUUUUGUUGGCCCAGUCAUUGGUAUUUUCGCAGUUUCUGACUCGGAGGGACCAAAUGUUGAUUUCAAAGAGUUCCAAUGCAACUCGGAACUGCAAUAG